AUGGCGGGCAUUGCAACAACUCUUCUAUCUCCAACCUUCCUGAUCUAUGGUUCAAUACUGCUACUCAUCAGCAAUGGCAUUAUUUUCAUCCUCAAUACCCUUCGUCCCAAGGCAUUUCCACCCGGGCCGCGAGGGCUCCCCGGCCUUGGCAACCUUCUCCAGGUCAAUCGAGCAUUCCCAUUCCUCACCUAUAGCGCCUGGGCUAAAGACUACGGAAUUGAUACUCCACUUGGGGUCAAGAAGGGUGCAGCUAACCUCGUCGUAUUGAACAGCGGCAAGCUCAUCCGUGAAUUGUUCGAAAAGCGAGGGUCAGUCUACAGCGACAGACCCUGGCAGUUCAUGAAUAAUACUUGGGUCUUCAAAGAAGAUUUGAGAGCCGCCAUUUUCCAGAAUUACUCCCCUUGGCUGACGCGCUGGCGAAAAGACUUCAAUCAUAACUUUGGUGCUGGGUCUAUCGCCAAACUUCGUCCAGUUUAUGAGGCCGAGACAGCGAGGCUUUUGGUGAAGUUGCUUGAGUCGCCAACAGCAAGAGGAAUAGAUUUAGAGGCCAUUCUCGUUUGCUGGAUGAUGAGCGUUCCAACCCUGGGUGUCUGUGGGAGGCGGCCAGACUCCAUGGCUGAUCAUGGAUUCCUCAUCAAAGACUUCAGAGACGUCAGCGACAACUAUGCUCUGUUAGUUGCACCCAAUGUGCGGGACUUGUUUCCAUUUCUGCAAUAUCUACCUGAGCUGUUUGGCUUCGCGGAGUGGAAAGAAAAAGCUCGAACCGUCAGAGAGCAAGUUUUUAAGAAGGGCAGCCAGUUUUUGGCUGUCGCUAGAGAGCAACGCGCUGCUUUGGACAAGGGGAAACCAAUCGUGUGGGAAAGUGUGUUGGCAAAGAUGUUGAGAGAACAGAGGGAAAAGAAUGAUUCGAUGUUCACUGAAUCAGAUCUGGGAAACACCGCCUUUCACAUUGUUUCUGCAGCUACCAACACUUCGUUGGCCGUUUUCUCUAUCAUGUUAAUGAUUCUGGCCAAAAAUCCAGACAUUCAACAACGAGUUAGGGACGAGGUUCUUGGAGUGUCAGGAGGCGGCACCCCGAAGACAGCUGAUAUUCCCAGCUUGAAGUAUAUGGAUGCUUUUUGGAACGAGGUACACCGCUGGCGUCCUGUUGCUCCACAAGGAGUCGCCCAUGCACCUGCCCAGGACGAUAUUUAUCAGGGCCAUCGUAUUCCCAAGGGUACUGCAGUGAUUAUGAACGUUUGGCACAUCCACCACAGUGAAGAGGACUACGAAGAUCCUGAGGAAUUCAUCCCGGAAAGGUUCCUGCGACACCCGUUUGGGAUGCGUCUAGAUGGCAAGCACGAUGCUGCUCAGUUGGAGGCGUCGGGCUCGCGGGUGAACUACGACUUUGGGACUGGACGGAGGAUAUGUCCGGGUAUGAACUCGGCAAAGCAAAGCCUGCUCCUUGGUCUAGCAAAAGUUCUCUGGGCUUUUGAUGUGCUCCCACCAGUUGGGAAAGAAAUUGAUCUGAACCUCGAAAGUGGUUUCAUACAAGAGAUUGCUCUGCACCCCAAAGACUUCGAUGUUGUUUUCAAGAUCAGGGAUGGGUUCACCAAGGAGGAUAUUUGGGACCAUUAUUCCCAGUGCUACGAUGCCGAGGCUGAAAUGAUGGGCUGGGAAGACGGCAUGUACAAGUGA